AGAUGGGAAGAAGCUGUUGUGACAUUCUCUCACUAUUCUAGUGCCAAUAAGUGUCCUUUGCUGGAAAUGGUUGAGUAUCUUCCUGAUUCUUUUAAACUGGUUUUGGACAACUGCAUAAUUGAGUCCUCAGAGGAAAAGACAAGUCGAGACUUCUAUAUUGAAUAUAACUUCAGAUAUCUUCAGUGUCCCCUGACACUUAACAAGAAACUAAAGGAUGGUGAAGACAUUUUCUAUGAACCACUUACCACUUUAAAUGCCAUGGUACGCCACAAUCGCAUGGAGCUACUCAGUCAUCCCGUGUGUAAAGAAUAUUUGCUUAUGAAAUGGAUGGCCUAUGGCUUUCGAGCACAUCUAAUGAAUUUAGGCAUAUAUUCUCUUGGUCUCAUCCCACUGACCCUGCUGGUCACUCACAUACAGCCAGGAAGACCUUUGAAUGGAACAGAGAUCUAUGAAGCAAAACCAUUAGAAUAUGAGAACUCAUACUUCACAAGGGUGUGUAUGUGUUUAGUUUUAAUUAUGAGUUUACUGGGAAUCUGCAAAGAAAUAUUUCAGCUGAUUCAGCAGAAAUUGAAAUACUUGUUGGAUUACUCCAAUCUACUGGACUGGACAAUUUAUACUACAAGCAUAAUUUUUGUGUCUUCUUUAUUUAUUAAUACACCAGCUCAUUUGCAGUGGGAAUGUGGAGCAAUUGCUGUAUACUUGUCUUGGAUGAACUUCUUGCUUUACCUUCAACGAUUUGAAAACUAUGGCAUCUACGUUGUGAUGUUCUGGGAAAUUUUGAGAACUUUGAUUCGGAUUGUUGUCGUUUUCUUUUUCCUGAUAUUGGCCUUUGGACUUAGUUUCUUUGUCCUUUUGGGUUCACAGCAAACAUAUAGCACACCUCUGCUUUCUGUAAUGAAGACAUUUGCAAUGAUGCUGGGAGACAUUAAUUAUCAUGAUGCAUUCCUUGAUCCAUUACUAAGCAGUGAAUUGCCAUAUCCAUUCCUGAGUUACACAGUUCUCAUUAUAUUUACCCUGCUUAUUCCAAUCCUUCUUAUGAACUUGCUAAUUGGCUUGGCUGUUGGGGACAUAGCUGAAGUACAAAAAUAUGCUGCACUCAAAAGAAUUGCAAUGCAGGUUAAUCUUCACACCAACUUAGAGAAGAAGCUGCCAUUUUGGUUCUUAAGUCGGGUGGACCAGGAAUCAAUCACUGUAUAUCCCAACAGGCCAAGAUACUGUGGAUUUAUGAGUGUAUUCCAGUACUGCUUUGGGUGUGAGGACUCUACCACAGAUGCACAAAGCACUGAUACAACAUUAGAACUGGAAGUUCUGAAGCAGAAAUACAGGCUCAAAGAUAUAUCAACACUAUUGGAAAAGCAACAUGACCUCAUUAAAUUGAUUAUCCAAAAAAUGGAGAUAGUGUCAGAGGCUGAGGAUGAAGACAGCAAUGAUUUAUUUCAGCACAAGUUUAGGAAAAGGCAGUUAGAGCACAAGAAUAGUAAAUGGGAUACAGUGUUAAAAGCUGUUAAAACAAACGUGCCUAACCCAAGCACAGAAAAGAACAAUAGCUUCUUCUAGUCAUGGCUAUGAUAUCAUGUUGAAUUAUCAUUUUGUUUUACUUUAGGGUCACUUCUCUUAGUGUCUGUGCAUACUGUUAAUGUUAUACAUCAUGUAUUCAAGUAUUAAAAAAGGCCAGAUCUGAAAAAAAGGAUGCAGGUGCUCAAAACAUUAUUUAAGGAGACUGAAGAUGUCUACAUCCAAAGCUGUGAUCC